CUCUGAUCUGCAGCAGUCGCGUCCCAGCACACCACGACGUUCCAUUCGCUCCCGACCCGAACCGAUUUCUGGCCCUGGUCAAGCCCCUUUGUUUUGACUUGUCAUUGCAAAAUAAGUUCGAUCCUCAUUUCCGCUGCAAGACCAAAGGGUAAUCUCCACUCGUAGAUCGUGUUAGUUCGCAGUGACCGUCCUUGCGACCCGAGGAGCUCCACUCGUUCUCUCCGUCCUUUGCGCGUCACUCAUUCCUCCAUGUCUUUCCUCCAAGACCCCCGCGGGAAUUGUAACACCACUCGCAUACGCCGACCGACACAAUCUGCGAAGAUACUACCGUAGCCGUAACCGGAGUCGCGCUACUUGGUAAACCCGCCCUUCUCGUCCUUCUCGUCCGUAUCUUCUCGUAGCCCUGGUGCUAUCGUUGCGUCACAGCUGCUGCUAAUCGGGACGCUAUAUCAUUUCUACUCGGGAGCGUUGGAGUCGCCGUCUGUCCAUAUUUGGCUAUCUUGUAAAUACCACCGCACCUCGCAGCACCGCGUCCGUUGCGCCCUUUCCGUCAGCACAACCUUCCGCUCGAUCGGGCGAUUCCGCCAUUCUAUCCACUCCUUCCGCGACAUCCCAGCUGUCGAGAUCGCGACGGCGUCGACCGCGGCAUGUCCCUUGUGGAGCCGUCGCGCGCGGACAUUGGCGGACCAAGCUUCCCGCUCUCCAGAUCCGCGCAGUGCGGCCGCCCGUUAGCGCGACACGCGCGAUCGCUGUCGCAUCAAAUGGUCGCACCAGUCGCCGACAGCGUCGCCGGCGUCGCAGACUCGCUGCAGCCGGGUUCGGACCCCGAAAGCUGCGGGGGGUCGAGCCCGCCGCAUCAGCCGCCGCAUCUGUCGCAGCUGUGGCAGCGCCGCAGCUGGCAGCCCUCCGCGUCGCUCCACCUCAACUCUCUCCACCCCUCGGGCGGAAGCGCAGCCGGCGCGCGCCUCUCGCGGAGCGCAAGCAACUCCGGAGCGGUGUCUGCGGGUGCUGGCGGCGCAAGCCCCGCACGCGGUGCGCAUCUGCGGAGCAAUGAAGCUGGUGCAGCCACCGCGGGAAGCUCUAUGGAGGCGAUUGGGGGCGGCGGAAGUGUCCGCGCGCAGGGGGCCAGCGCAGGCGCGCGACAGAUGUACGCUCGGUCGCUCAGCGUCUCUGGUGCGCCGUCGCGGGGGGGUGUCGUUGCGACGGGCGCAGGCGUCGCACACGCAGGUGGCGCGUCGCAGGGUCAGCGCGAGGGCAGCGCGCGACUCCUAAGCACUUCCGCGUUGCCGCGGCGUGCCGUCGCCGCCUCUUCGGGGCCGCGGCAUGCGGCGAGGGACGGCUGCGACUCGGAGUCGACGGCGCGCGGCACUGGCGGAAGCGGCGGAGCUGUUGCCGGCGCGGGGAACACGGGCGGCAGCAUGGGGCAACGAACGCGCGCUGUUCGGCGGAGUGCGAGCUGCGCGGCAAGGGCGAGCGGAGACGACGAGUGGGACGGCGGCGAGCGGGUGUUGCGCAAGGGGCAGAGCCACAUCGUGAGGGGCAGCAGCUACGACGCUGGCAGCGGCGGUAGCGGCAGCGGCGGCGGGAAGGGCUGGGGGGGUCUUAGACCGGAGGCUAGGCCCAUUGGCGGACACCGCACUGCGCCGGUGCGCGCGACAGCUGAUUCAGCGUCAGCUGGCGCAGUCAUCCCUAGUAACGGCGCUGGCAGCCCCAGUAACGGCGCUGGCGGGGCCACUUUUCCGCGCGCGGUUUCCGCUUCGUCCCCCGAGCUCUGCGCGGUGCCUGCCCCUGCCCCUGCCCUCUCCCCCUCAUGCGCGUCCCCGCUGCGCUCUCCCGGCCACGCGCGCCGCCAUUCCACUUGCGCCAACUUCGGCGCGCUCAGCCCCACCGUCCGCGCGGUACCGCGGAAGAUCGCGGGGGUAGGAUCCCCUGCCCCGGCGAGAGCGGGGGGCGCGCACUCUCCGACUGCGUCAGCUGCCGCUAGUCCCGCGCCGGCGGUUCGCGCGGCGGGAGCACCAUCGUCGAGCGCGGAAAGCCCUCCCGGCGGCUGUGGGGCUGCGGCGGCGGAUUUUGCGCGGGGAGCGGCGGCCGCGCGCGCGGGGGCUCGGCGGAGCUCGUCGAUGGCGUCGCUGGCGGAAUGGCAGCAGGCUGGCCGACCAGCGUCGCCCGCAGCUGCGGUGGGAGGGGUGGGAGGGGUGGGCGCAAUUUGCGCAAUGGACGCGAUGGGCGUGAUGGGCGUGAGAGGCGCUGCCUCGCCGAAACCAGCCAGCUCUUGCUCUCUCCGAGGCGCCUCCCUGCCGUCGAAUGCGGGCGACGCGCGCCAGCUGCAGCAGCAGCAACCGCCGCAAGUGGUGUCGCCAACGAAUCGCGUAUCAGGAGGCGGGCCGACAGUGGUGCGGCGAUGCGCCAACGCAGGCGGGUACAGCAGCAGCAGCGGGUGCAGCCCCCGGCAGGGGCAGCCCAUUGUGGGCCACAGACGCAGCAACAGCCACGCCGCUGGUGGCGGUGGCAGCAGUAACAGUAGUAGCAGCGCGGGUUACCAUGUAACGAUCAGCUGCGGCAGCAACAGCCUGGCGAGCUCGAGCCCACGAACACGUGGCAUGCUGCCGCCUCCCUCCCCGAACCACCAGCAGCAGCCGCGCGACAGCAGCAGCAGCAGCAGCAGCCUCAGCAGCAGCGGCAAGCAGCAGCAGGCGCAGGUGAAACCCGUGUGGCGGCGGCCGCCCAUCUUCACGCUCAUCAGCGCAGAUGACGCCGACGACGACGACGUGCCUCUCGCAGAGGCCGUUCCCCCGCCACUGUCACAUUCACCAAGCUCUCCGGCCGUACCCCAACCAGCGGUGGUGGGAACAGUAAAAGCACCAUCAGCAAAGGCAGGAGGCAAUUUCCUCUUCUCCCCUCCGACACCAUCUCCCCUGGCCUGGUCUUCCGCCCGCCUGCACUCCCCCCACCCGUCUUCCCCACCUCAUCCGCUCCCCCUCUCCACGCCCCCCCCCAAGCUUCCUCCCCUCUCUGCUUCUUCCCGGAUCAUUCCUUCGCCCUCUACCACACGGCCCAGGCCGCGCCACGUGCCGCGCUGCUCCUCCGUGCCCACCAAGGCCCUCUCACAGGCUCAAGUGCCAGCCGGACCUCCAGGUCUGGCCGGUUCUGGAGGCUCGAAAUGCAAGUCCGUGCAAUCCUGCAGCAGCAUUCCCCUCAGCGUCGCUGCACCCUCUCCUGCCACCACCUCCACUCCCAGCGCCACUGGCUCUGCGCCUCCCCCUCCCCUGCGCCGCUGCCACUCCGCGCCCUCCAACCGCCCCUCAUAUCACACCGCCUGCGCAGCUUCGUCUGUGCCUCUCCCGGACGCAGCCACCACAGCCCACACCCGGCGCGUGUCCUUCAGCUCCGUGGUGCUCGUGCGCCGCUUCUCCCACAUCCCCCCCUCCCACUCCCUCGUCAACCUCCCCUCCUACCACUCGCUCAACAGCAGCAGCAGCAGUAGCAGCAGCAGCAGCAGUGCUGCAAGUGGCGGCGCAGCCAAGGACUCCCCCGAUGCCCCCAUCUCACCCAAGUGGCCCUUCCCCCCGCCCCCCCGCUCGGCCUCCGCCACUGACCUGCCGUCCCCCGCCACCUUGAGGCACUUGGCGAAGCUCAAGCAGCAGCAGCAGCACGCCUCGCUCGUGCAUCCCUCCUGCUCGCCCUGACCUUCUCACGGUUCCGAGAGCCGCGACUCUUUCAACUCCAAUUAAAACGGUUAGCCUCAAAUGUAGCAUAGCCAUUUGCUUCUAAAAAUGGUUGGCAAGUUUUAGUAUCCUGGUCGUUUCUUGGUGCCCAUGCCACAAAUCGGGUCCACCUUGCUUGCUGAUGUGCACCCUCAAACGAAGGAUGCCAGUAAAAGUUUACUAUCCUGGUUGUCUCUUGUUGCUAGUCCUGUUCGCAGGCAUGUGUUGGCCAUUGCUUGUGGUAAUGAUAAGAUGUGGCA